UCUAACCCGUUUCUUCCCAUUGUCGACAUUUGUCUACACUGACAUUGGGAAUUUUUUGUAGGGAAUUUCCUCUGUAUAGAAAUUGUACAAUAAUUUCAUGGUAUUAUAUUGGCACUACUGCGUCGGCAAGCACGUACGGUAUGGCAGUUUUGCCUCUGGUUUAGAAGCAUACGUGAUUUUUGUGAGUUGCUCCAGCGUUCAUCAUGUCAUGGACUGAUAGGCUAACGGUCGCUGAAAUCGCCAGUAUUUUAGAAGAAGAUGAAGAUAUUGUCGAUCCAACAUUUUUCAUAGAUCCACCUGAAAAUGCAGCCAUCAGCGAGUGUGAUUCCGAUGAUGAUACUCCUACAGGCAACAUAAAUCAUUUAUCUGGUAACCAACUCCGAGCUCGUGGUGAAUUGAUAGGAAGAAAGUUAACUGAUGAUGGGCUAGUUGAAUUUAGAAUCGGCGAAAUAGAGGAAGAAGAAAUAAGUCAAGAAAAUACUGAAGAAGAAGGCAAAUGUGAACAAGAAGUAAACAAAGAAGAGAGUGUAUCAAUAAGCACAAAUAAAAAUACUGAAGAACGAAUUAGUGAAAAUGUGACUGAGAAAAAUUCGAAGAAGAGGAAACAAAAGAAAGAUGUGAACAAAAAGAAGAAGAAGAAGGUGAAAGUGCUCAAGAAAAUUCGUAAAUGGCAAGAAAAUGACAUUGCAGAUAAGACUUCUAUAGAGUUUACUCGGGCAAAUUUCUUGGAAAAUGACUAUUCUCAGUAG